UGGAGGUUAAGUGGGGGUUUUGUGGGGUUGUGGGUCUGCUGAGCGCUUAACAGCCAUAGAUGUGUCUGUGCAGGGUGGUAAGGAGGGUGGAAAGAAGUGAGGUGAGAAACUGGGAAGAAAAAUGGGGGGAACACAAAGUUAGUUAUGGAAUGGAAAACCUGCACCUAACGUGUGUGCUUGUGGGUCAGAGACCACACAGGAGUGAGGAACUCGGCUCUUAAUGCUUGCUUUCUUAUCGUCCCCCUUCUCCAAUUGUUCUCAAAGGCACUAAAAUGUUGAAUUUCCAAAUAAAUACUCAGAGCAGAAGAGCUCCAGAUGGGAAAAGAAAUGCCAUGAGAUGCUCAAAGACAAAGGCACCUAUAUUUCCAUUAUAAACGCUCAAGGAGUUUGUUACUGGAGGGGGCAAGCAGGCUUUAAACGUGCCCUGCCAGCUCUGUAGGGGUGGUAAUGUUCCCCUUCCUAGAGGAAUGCUGUAUCCUGUAUAAUAAGUUAUAAUUGUAUUGUAAUUGUAAAUAAAUGUAUUCUGUGUGAUAAAAAAAUGUAUAAUAGAGUUGUGCGUGUGAGUUCUUGCACUAAGCAGGAUAAGCGUUGUAGUAAUACAUCAUGACUAUUAUAAAAUUAAACAGUCUCGUUUAGCCAGGGUCUCGCAGUGAUUCUCUGACAAAGGCAGAGACUCAGAAAAAGGCAGGCAGCCUAUCCCUACCACCUUGGCGUGUGACAUGAAUGUGUACUUCUGUACGCCUCACGGCUGUGCACGCAGAUGCUAGUUUGUAUGGGGUGCCUUUUACAGUCGGUAGGGCUUGUGAAUGAGAGUUUAGAAAGCUCCAGAAGUUUGAGAGCAAGAGAAAGAGGUUCAGUGUCUGAUUUCCAGAAUGAUUUACUUCAGGAAUCUUUCUUCCUUUGCCUGUUUUUACUAAAUUUCAGUUCUUGCCAGACUUCAUUUCCUCAAAAAAUGCUGUGGAAUUUCCUCGCUGCACCAACCUCUCAGGCUAUUCUGGCAAUGGCUUUUGGUGUUUUUAUCUCCACUUAUAUCAGGCACACUGGCAAUGCCAAGAGGUACACUGACUGGGACUGUUCCCAUUUGGGAACAGAGAAAAUCAAGACGAACAAUCUGCUGUCACCAAAGACAGAGGAAAGUAGUAAGAACACUGAGAUGACGAGCAGUCCAAAGAAGACUAAUAAGCACUCCCUGCAAGAAUGUAAUGUAAUGUUUGCAAAGACAUGCAACCACCAAGUGGAUGCGUCACAGAAGCUAAGGCUUUCUUUGAAAGAAUCCAUUGCUGACUUCUGCGUCUUGUUCCUAUUACUGACAGGAACUAUGACGUGGACAAGCUUCUAGCAAAUACCAACCUCAUCAUAUCUUGGAAGCGAAGUCCUCUAAGUCCAAACAAGGAAAGUAUGAAACAGUGACUUUUCCAGGCAUAGAACUGGGAUGAAAAGGUGACUUUUGAUGAAUAUUGAGUCAAUUCUGCCAUUUUACUUGAGUGAAAUGAAGAUGAUUCACCCAUAGACUUGAACCAGGCCUGUGACUGAACAUUAAUUCAAAUGCAAGCUUGUCAGUAGCAUUGUCAGUGACUUUGAAGACUCGUAACGAUUUCAUAGGAAAUAAAAGUAGGAUAAAGAAAGCAGUAGUAAAGUUCAUCUGACCUUAGAGGUUAACGCAAAUGACCAGAGAUGUAGUCGUAGCCAGCCUGUUGUGGUCCUGACUUCAACUGGCAUCUCUUUAAUAUCAAUGGACACAACCAUCUAAUUCAUCAUUUCCUCUAGAGUUUUGAUGCUGAACCAAGUCUGGACUGGACAUCCUGAUAUGUAGAAGAGAUCUUUAAUUUUAUACCAUAUCCUUAAUGAUUAACUCAAGGAAACAAACAAACAACAAAAAAAAAACACAAAAGCUGCUAGAGAUAGGAGAGCUGAAGAAUCUGAAGAAAUUGCUGCGUCUUUGCCCAGGAGCAUUCUGCCAUUCUGAAACUCCAGGUGUGCCACAGGAAUGUUUUAGUCUCAAACAAACUGUAAGUGAAACAUAUUCCUAUGGAAACCACAAGGCACAGUUUUUCCAAAACAAUUCAGACAUAAAUGUGCGCUCUUGAAGGCUGAAUCUUCAUGUGUUAAAUUCUGGAAGGCCAGAUAUCAGAUAAUUCUGUCCUGAUUAGGAACAGGCAUACUGCCAGCUUGAAAGUUCAGAGGAGGCAUUAGUUUAUAUAUUUGACUCUAGUCCAUUUGAUCUGUAUAAACCUAAAUAAAAACCAGAAGCAAACAACAGAAGAACCACAUGAUUUCCCUCCUGUUACCAUGGAUUAAAAUGUUUUGUGUGGAUGGCAAAGUCAGCUGAAUACUUAGCAUAUUUUAUGGCAGUGGUUUGACUUGGGUCAUGCCUCGUCUGAGCUGGGACAAUCUCACUUGAGAGGAAAUGCAGAUGGCAGUGGUGUGUCUCCUCGCCACAGCCCGAGCUGCAGCUGGAGCUGCACAGCGAAGGCAGGGGUAGGGACGAGUACACCUUGUCACUCGCCUGCUGUGUAAGGUGACGGAAUGCGUGGAGUCAUUGCACAGCAUCUGCUGGGAGCCAAGCGAGCAGCUAGUGAUCACACAGUGCUUUGAAGAUGUAGGGUGUAACUGGUUAUCUGAAGUUGUACUUUGGGAUGGAAAAUGAUCUUCACAUUCUGUGCAUUCAUCGGCUUUUCUAAGAAGAGGAAUAAUGGAGGGCAGGUUGUUUCCUCAUGCAUUAGCUGUUGUAGAGCUGUUCAGCAGUGCCAGAAAGAUUACCCUCUGCGUGUGCACUCUGUCCUGGAGAAAAAGCAUACUUUGCGAAGGAAUUCAUCUUUAGGCCAAAGGACUGCCUCCCUAAGUGCUCUUCUGGAAUAGCUCUUGCAGAAUAAUGCAGUUUUCAAAAGCUGUGCCAGCCAGUUCCUCUCUACGGACAGAGCCUUAGGCACCCAGAAUUAGAAUCUAAGUACUUACAUAAAAAGCUUGAUUUUUCAAGUGCUGGCCAUGCAGGCACUUCUGCAGUGUGCUGAUGGUGGUAAGGGGCUGUGAUGUUUUUGUUUGCUUGGUCAGUGUCCUGCUUUGGCUAAUACUGGAGACACUGGAUGUAUUCUUCACCUCCCACAGACAGAAGGCAUGGAAAUUUUCAAAGUGCCUUGAAACACACGUGAAGAGGCAGUGUUCUCACCCCUCACAACACUUGAAAGUCCAACAAAACCAAGGGCACUGACCCCGGGAUGCCACCAGCUCCUCCUGAGCAUGGGGCUGCACUGACAGCUCAUUUCCACACAGCUGAACUAAAACAGGCCAUUCGCUUUUCAAAAAGGAUCUCCAAGGAGAUGGGACUGCAUGCCGCUGGAAGUGUUUAUAUCCUAAAAUGCACUUUUCCCAUCCUUUUAAAAUGACAGAUCAUCAUGUGCAUGACUCAAUCUCAUUUUCUUAUCUUCUGGCUUCAGGCAAGUCACUUCUCUUCCACCUUUCAGAAGUGGAUGCCCUCUGACGGGCUUCGGCCACCCAACCCAAAAACGCGUGGUGUAGCGGGACGUGUGUAGGGCACCCACUGCACUGCAUCAAACUGACCGCCCUCAAACCCACCACCGCUUUGUGUUGCGAAGCCAGCCAUAAAAUAAGUUACUGAUCAAUACUUUAUUGCCUACGCUUUCACAAUGAAGGCCAUGGAGGAUCAAGUAGUCCAAGAAGAAUCAGGAUACCAGGAUGAUGAGGAAUCCUUUUUUCAGGAUAUUGACCUGCUACAAAAGCAUGGAAUUAACGUAGCAGAUAUUAAAAAACUGAAGUCAGUUGGGAUCUGCACUAUCAAAGGAAUCCAGAUGACAACAAGACGGGCGCUGUGCAAUGUAAAAGGGCUUUCAGAGGCCAAGGUGGACAAGAUUAAAGAAGCCGCAAAUAAGCUUAUUGAGCCAGGAUUCCUGACCGCAUUUGAGUACAGUGAAAAACGGAAGAUGGUCUUUCAUAUUUCUACUGGCAGCCAGGAAUUUGAUAAACUUCUGGGUGGUGGGAUUGAAAGCAUGGCAAUCACUGAGGCUUUUGGAGAGUUCCGGACAGGCAAAACCCAGCUAUCUCACACCCUUUGUGUGACAGCUCAGCUUCCAGGACCAAGUGGCUACACAGGUGGAAAGAUUAUCUUCAUUGAUACUGAAAACACUUUCCGACCAGACCGUCUUCGUGACAUUGCUGAUCGCUUCAACGUUGACCACGAUGCCGUACUUGACAACGUGCUGUAUGCACGUGCAUAUACUAGUGAACAUCAGAUGGAAUUGCUCGACUAUGUCGCAGCCAAGUUCCAUGAGGAAGCUGGUAUCUUCAAGCUAUUGAUCAUUGACUCCAUAAUGGCACUCUUCCGUGUGGAUUUCAGUGGUCGUGGAGAGUUGGCUGAACGACAACAGAAACUCGCUCAGAUGCUGUCAAGGCUCCAAAAAAUAUCAGAAGAAUAUAACGUGGCUGUGUUUGUGACCAAUCAGAUGACCGCUGAUCCAGGAGCAACUAUGACCUUUCAGGCAGACCCAAAGAAGCCCAUUGGGGGCCACAUCCUCGCUCAUGCUUCGACUACCCGAAUUAGUUUGAGGAAAGGGCGGGGGGAGCUGCGCAUUGCCAAGAUAUAUGACAGUCCUGAGAUGCCUGAAAAUGAAGCCACAUUCGCAAUAACUGCUGGAGGGAUUGGAGAUGCCAAAGAAUAGGCAGAAAACAGAUUCAAAUAUACAGCUGAAAACCUCCUAGGUAGUUGGGAUGAAGAUCUGUGCAAAGUCACUGACUCCCUGGCUGCAUUUUUAUAUUUUUGGAACCGCUUGAGAGCUUUUGGGAGGACAGUAGGAUAAACUCUGCGUGGUUCAGUUUUAUUGAUCUUAAUAGAAUUUGGUUCAUUUAGGCUCUUCACUUUGCAAAUGAACUUUCAGCAGACAAAGAUAUAAAAACCAAGCUCGUGAACUGUUCAAAGAAUCCAUUUCCUGUUUUUUGUGAAAAUCAAAGCUGUCUUUUCAUGUUUAAUAUUUUAGUUCCUUUAAAGAAAUCUCUGAGGUAGUGUAAAAUCAAACAGAAUUAGAAUUAGUUUAAAAAUUGACAAGUACAUAGGUGAUAAAUAUAUGGAGAAGGCAGGAACAAGAGCCCAAGAACUUGAUAGAAUCUCAUGUACAGUAGAGGAAAAACAGUUACUUGAAAAUACUUAAGCAUUUUUAUGUUCAAUAAAUAUUUUUUUUUAAUUUCUUUUUAAACACUUUUAUUUUUUUGA